UAACUAUUUUUAGGGACGUUUGCUGCGCCAUCUAUCUGCACGCUAUCGAGUGGUAAAAAAAAAAGAACACGAACAGCAUGUUGGAACGCUUGUAAAUGCUUGUAAAGUAAUGCGAAGCCAUGCUGAUUCGAGUGUAAAAGUGUAACGCGUGAAAAUUCAGUCCAAAGUUUUAUACUGUGCUCAUUUUUAUUCCGCUUCGCACGUUUAGUGAACAAAAUAUUGCGGUUGAUAUAUGUAUAUACGAAGAAAGACGAAGUGUAGUAGAAGAGGGACUAGCUUUUCCAUGAUUCACGUUCGAGCUGUAUACGACCAGAACUACAAGCCGAUGCUACUACGAAAGAAUUGAUUACUUAAAACAUUUUAUAAUACAGGAGUCACAUGUAGUUCAGAGGAAUACCAAAAUUAAUUACAUAUACUAUUACCUUGGAAUUAUGGAAUACUUUGAAUAUCAAUACAACAUUGCCAUUGCUUAACAAUUACACAAAUUCUUCCAUUUCUUUAAAGCUGAAGGAUCAGUUUUAUAAUUGCACUAAUUUGUAGAUCAAUGGUGAUUUUAUUUGCAUGUUCAUGCACUAAAUCAUUUAAAACAUAAUGAAAACAAAUAUAUUUGGUGAUUCCACAACACAAAAAAUGGCAAAUGAUAAAAGCAAUGAAGAUUAUAGUAUUCACAGUACAGAAUUGGAUAAACAAUGUUUUUCCCCUUGGAGUCCUUUACAAGAGAAUGAUGCGUUGCUUAAACAUAGAUAUAUAUCAUGUAGCAGAUCAGUUCCACAUAGAAACAGACGUUUUGUUCGGUACAAGAUAAAUAGAUCAUUGAAUUUUGAUGCAAAUGCUCAGAGCUCUAGCUCAGAAAACAGUUCUUUCGAAGAAGACAAACAUCUUUCUAGGUCUGCUAAAAUAAUGAGAGCUCUAAAUUGCACCACCAGUCCUUCGUAUUAUGGAAGGACAAAAAUAAAAAAAUCAUUGAACUUUAAUUUAACUCCUAGUCCAAAAAGAUUUUUGCCUGCAAGAAGUAUUCGGAAGACACUAAGUUUAAACUUUGGUUCACCUUUGUCUGCUUCAAGUAAAUUGUUAAACUUUGAAGAUGAUUCAAAUGAUUCUGUGAAAAGCAAAUUAAUAUUUACAUCCACUGAAUCCAUUGAUGAAAACCAAAAUGAGACACCGUCUCAACAUAGUACAAAAGAUCAUGAUACAUUGCAUUUUUCAACUCCUAAUACAACAUUAAGCAGAAAAUCCUUGUACUCUACUAGCUUCACACCAGUAUUACGUAGUCGACUGAAAGAAACUAUCGAUAAUAUUGUAUACAUUACUGCAACACCUAACUCACAGUCAUUGAAAUCUAUGAAAGGAAGAACCAAAGGUUUGAAUAAUGGCUUUGCAAAUACAUCCAGAAAUUUGCUUCAGGAGUUUCAUGACAGUGAUGAUGAUAGACCUUGCACACCUGAAAAUGUAAUUCGAAUAAUUCCUGAAAGCAUGAGUGCUAUCAAAAGAAGUCAUAGAAAGGAAAGAUCAUCGAGGUGGAACGGACAUUCUACAACGCAGGCUACAAGUAGUUUCCUAAAUAACACAAAUACAUUCGAAAACAUGACCAAGUCUCAACACAAGUACCAUUUGCAAGAUUCCAACUCUACAGAUCGAUCUUCUAGCAGAAACUCUGAUGCACAAGAUAUACCGUCGUACAGUUCGGAAGAUGAUAUGUCAGAUACAGGUUCGCUUUUCGAUUAUAAAGACGAACUGAAAAAUGUCUUAGACGAAUCUAAAGAAGUAUCCAAUUGCAUGUCAAACUCUGACAUUGUGCAACCUAAGUUUGAAAAGUGCGAUAUUAAAGUAAAAGCAGAAGAUAAUUUACCUGUUCAGAACAUAAAGACUGAAGCUAGACCUGUGACUCCAGAUUUAGCGGCGGAGCACAUCUUAGAACCACAAAAAUCUGUUACUCCGGAGAAUCGUAUAGAUUUUCUAAAAAAAAUUUCUAAAGAUUCUAUAAAAAAAUCUCAUAAGAAGAAAAAAGACGUAAAUAAAAAGAAAAUUUUUAGUUCGAAAGUUUUACAAUUCAAAGUCGGAGAUGCGAAUCAGGCCGACGGAGAAUACUGGGAUAAUUCCGAGCAAGCUGGAAACAACGAAGAAAAUAAAUUAAACGUAGAACAGAAUAACUUUGAUAAAGUGGACGUAGAACGAGCAUGUACUCCGGAAAUGGUACAUUCCAGCAGAUUGUUACUGCCACAAUUUAGUUCUGUUAAAAAAUCUCACAAGAAAGACAAACACAGUAAAAUAUUAUCUGGAUUUUUGAAACGGCAAGAGUAUUUUAACAAAGAAAUAAACGCCGUGAAAGAUAAUAACAAUAAAGCGUUCAAUGGCGACGAUGCAUCCGAAUAUAAAAAAUGUAUAGAUCUUUCUUCGGAUUUCGAUACCACUGCAAACUCCAGUGAUUCUUCCUACCUGGUUAACGUAUCAGCUAAAUUGUCUCCAAGCAAAAGAAAGAUAUCGUUGAACACGACGUCAUCGAGUCAUGACGCGAGUGUAUCGUGCGAUUCUGAAUUGCAAGAGUGCGAUAUUUCUCAGGAGGAAUUUCAAAUUUUCACUCCACUUAAAAGGAAGAGACCUCUGAUUGCAUCGAACGCAAAAGAAUAUUUACAUUUCUACGAUUUACCAUCCGGGAAAGAUGAAGUAUUAGAAAAACCUGUCGCGAAUAUCAAUUUCUCAAGGUGUUUGACGCCUGUUCUAAGUCUCCAGGAAAAUUACAUUAAGCCAGAAGAAAAUCAUCCCGUGACGAUAAAAUCAGAUGACGUUAGCACCGAAGAUUUGGAAGUAAAUGUUUGCGAGUCUAACAGUAAAACUGGCAGGUCGACGCCAAGGAAUAUGUCGACCGAAGAAUUGUACUCCAAUAUAGAUUCCAUUAAAAAAUCACACAAAAAGAAUAAACGUGGGAAUAUUUCACGAAAAGGCUUUAAUCUGAUUAGAAGUAAUCUUUGCGACGAGAAGGGUCAGAGUUCGUCAGAAGACAUCAAGAACGAAACAUUUGAGAAAUUAGAAUCUCCGACUGACUCGAUCGACCAUGAAAAGGUUGAAGGUUCGAGCGGUAGCGCCAACGACCAUGACUCGUCGAGUGCGAACCCGAUAAUAGCGAUACAAAAUGUGACACCACCAAAUUGUUUGAAAGCAAAAAAUUAUAUGAAGCUAUUACAAGAAACGUCUAUUAAACGAUCACACAAGAAGGUCCGCGAUCAAAGGAAACGCGAAGCUAGGAUCGAUACAAACGAAUUGUCGGACGAUGGAUCUAUAUUCGGUGAUGAGGAGAAAUUAAAUUAUGUUGGAGAAGAGCACACUACUCUAGGUAAGUAGUAACGGUAAUCGCGUUGAUGUAGAGUUGUGAUGAUUUAAAAGACAUAACUCGCAAGCGUGGUAAGUAUAGUUCUAAUGAUUCACAAUCAUCACGUUACGUGUAUGUAAAAACAUUUAAAAACCUACUUAGAAAGGUUUCUGACCAUCACAUGUUUUUCGUCUGACUAGACAGAUUCAAUAAAAUUUUUAUUUAAAUCGUUCUAUCCAGCAACAAAUGCUUUGAAUAUGUAAUGUGCCUUAUAUUAUAUGAAGUAAUUUUUCUUUCUGCCUAAUUUCAUCUAUAUGUACAUACACAAUGGCGAAUGACGCUAUUUAACAAUCGUUGCGCUAACGCGAAUAACUAAACUAACAACAUUAACAUUCGAUUGUGAUUCACCGAAUUAUUUUAAAACUCUCGAGUGCACGCGCAGUUUGAGUGAACCUGCUCAUACGCGGUGCGCCGCUAUCGUUGAAUCUAUGAUAAAAUCAUAGAUUCGUGUUAUUUGUUAAGAAUAUUCAGUAUAUUUGAUGACUUCAUCAUUGAGACUGGUUUUAUAUACGACUGCUUUGUCCCGGAUAAAAGUUAGAUUGUAUAUAUUUUGCUGAAACGUUGCACGGAAUAGUAUUCAUAAAAUAAUGGGACAGGAAAAUAAAUAGGAUACUCUCGUGUUUUUGUUAAUUGUUUCAACAUUUUUCUAGUGUAAAUUUUGUUUCAAGUUUCAUAGCAUUUAUGUAAUGUAUUGAUGUGAAUAAAAGCAGUACAAUGUCCUCUACAGUUCGUGAAGCACCGUGGGUCUCGAAUAUCGUACAGCGGGAAAUUAAAUUCUAUAGUUUUUAGUUUUUUCAUUCAGACAUUAUUUUUAGAAGUUCUAUAUGAGCUUACUAAUAAGAUUAUAUGUAUAUCAAGAUUGACAUUAUUUUUCUCCUAAAUAUUCCAAUGACUUUAAGUACGUUGGCCCAAGUUUGUUUACGUAAUCGAUAUAAUACGAAGAAUUGAUCGACUAAGUAAUACUUGAAUAUUUAACCCCUUCAUACCCACACUUAGAUGUAGUGGAUAUUAUUCCUUUUUUUAAUGCACACCAGUAGUGUGCCAAUCUCAAAGAAUAAUCAAUAAAAGAUAUUGCAACAAUAUACAUUGUUUAAAACUGAUGUGCAUCAAAAAUAAUACAGUUGGCACGAAGGGGUUAAACUACUAAAAAAGUAGUGCGAAGCAAAUUACGAAGACGAAAAUCUUUGUUGCAAUACACGCGUGCAUUACAAUUCCGUCUAACAUGUAACAAUUGAGCCGGUGUAAAGUAUAGCGAUGAACAGAGAUUCGCAAAAUUCGUAUAUAGAUACAAACGAUGAAUACUGUUCAGUGGAAUAAACGUAAUAAUAUGUCGUCUACAAUUUUUUUUUUGCAUGUCUUCCUUUGAAAGUGACCGUACUUGAUCCAUCGAUUUUCAUAUAAAUUAUAAUCCAUAGACAAAGUGAUUCUCUUACUGAUUUCACAUAAAGGCGCGGCGAUAACUGUGUUUUUAUAUUCAUCUAUCGAUAGGUCUCUUUUGUAACAUAAGGGCCUCACCGAGUCCCCACCAGUUUCAGUUUAACGAACUACGUGACUACUGAUUGUAAGAUUCAUAUAUGUACGUGACUGAUUGUAUGGCGGAUUCAUUAUAUUUUAAUACAAUACGAAAUGAAUUAAUUAAAAUAGAUAUUAUUGAUAAGAUACUUGUUUAAAAUAAAAAUUUGUAAACCUUUGUAAAUUUAUUGUCGUAACAUUAAUUUACAUUGAUGUAUUGGGAAUUAUAUUUGCUACUUUAAUUCCAUGCUGUCGCUCACUUUUGUAAGUUUCAUUCGCAUAACGUUUGAAUGAAAUACCGAUUUCUGCAUUACACGUGUAAGGUCAAUUGCAACACCUCGUUCUUUCCUUUAUUUUUUUAAAUCUUAUAUUCCGUGGUGCUUGUUCUACGAUAAAAUUUGUAAUAUUUCAAACGUGCCUUAUUUUGCAUACAAUUUUAUACGUAGUCUGGCACUUGAAACGAUUAGUACGUUUCUAGUUCUGAUAAAUUUAUUUGAACUAUAACAUGUAUAUUGAUAUGCUAUAAAUGACUUGUAAUUAAUAAAUGAGAUAUAAACUA